AUGAGUCGAGGUGCCAUGCCUCAGCCCGCGGCGUGGCCGGGCGCCGGCUGUGCCGAGAAGCCGGCGCGGGAUACGGGUGCCACGUCCCCGGGCCCCGCGGGGCGCGAGGGCGGGAAGGUGGCGGCCGGCUGGCAGUCCCGGCUGGCGACGCGGUGUCCGGCGGAGCAUGAGGAGGACAUGUAUCGUGCUGCGGAUGAAAUAGAAAAGGAGAGAGAAUUACUUAUACAUGAAAGAGGGUCAGCAGAACCCAGAUUAAGUGUGGCUCCUGAAAUGGAUAUCAUGGACUACUGCAAAAAAGAAUGGAGGGGAAAUACACAAAAAGCAACAUGCAUGAAAAAGGGCUACGAGGAAGUUUCUCAGAAGUUCACGUCCAUCAGGCGUGUUCGUGGAGACAAUUACUGUGCGCUGAGGGCCACGCUGUUCCAGGCUAUGAGCCAGCCGGCGGCGCUGCCACCCUGGCUUCAGGACCCAGAGCUCAUGCUGUUACCAGAAAGACUGAUCAGCAAAUACAGCUGGAUCAAGCAGUGGAAACUUGGACUGAAAUUCGAUGGGAAGUGUGAGGACCUGGUUGAUAGAAUUAAGGAAUCUCUUACCCUGCUCAGGAAGAAGUGGACAAGCUUGGCAGAAAUGAGGACUGCAGAAGCCAGGCAGGUGGCCUGCGAUGAACUGUUCACCAAUGAGGAGGAGGAGUACAGCCUCUACGAAGCGGUCAAGUUCCUGAUGCUGAACAGAGCCAUUGAACUCUAUGAUGACAAGGAGAAGGGAAAGGACGUCCCGUUCUUUUCUGUUCUCUUGUUUGCCCGUGACACAUCCAGUGACCCUGGACAGUUGCUGAGGAACCACCUAAACCAGGUGGGACACACUGGUGGACUUGAACAGGUGGAGAUGUUCCUCUUGUCCUACGCCGUGCGCCACACCAUCCAGGUUUACCGCCUCUCCAAGUACAACACCGAAGAGUUCAUCACCAUCUACCCCACCGAUCCCCCAGAGGACUGGCCAGUGGUGACGCUUAUCGCCGAGGAUGACCGGCACUAUAAUGUCCCUGUCAGAGUGUGUGAGGAGACGAGUCUGUGA